GUUUUGGCCCUGCAGCAACUUCAUGCUUUGGCAUCUGUUGCUGAAGAUCCUGCGGCCCAGCCAGACAGUGGGACCAGCGAGAUUUGGCAGGGACGGCCUUCCAAGACUUCAUGGACAACUUGGUUCCAGAAGGUUUGCUCUGCAGUGGGGCCUGACUUUGACGGCCGGCGUUUGAAGAGCCGGGAAGCUCUCGAGCACUGGAAGAAGUUGAGUGACGCUGAGCAAGCAGCUUGGAAGGACAAGUACCACGGGCACGCGCAGACCUUGGCGCGGCCGGCCGUGCCACCGCCAAAACACGAAGAGCAGGAGCAGGAGGUCAGCACGCCGCAGAAAAAGAAGCAGAAGCUGCAGACCAGUCCACAGUCCACGGAGAAGUGCUCGAAGACCGGUCCGCAGUCAACCGAGAAGCGUUUGGAGCCACAGCUCUUGGAAAGCGCAAAGCCUCGCUUCGACAGUCGCGUGGAAACAGUUGCGCAGUUCAAGAAACGCUGGACUUUCCUGAAGCCUGAGCUGAAAAAAGCAACCUCAGCUGCUUUUCUGCGAAACGCACGCGACCUACACCUCCUCUACUUGGACGUUGUCCACCUACUUGCGCUUGGGAACUGGAACGGCGAGGUUGCCAAAGCAGUAGAAGCACUCCAAGACUGGCGUGUCAACCGGAAAAAGAUCCGACGGAUGCAAACAUUCUGCAAUGAGCUACCAGAGUCUGAGGAUCCAAACAUGUUGCCGCCAGACUUCUGUGUGGGCAGACAUGGCGACGGACUCCUGAACAACCAGCAGAAGUCAGACCUGGUCCGACACGUGACCCUUUGUGCCUUGUCGAACCAGCCACUGAGCGUUGGGGACAUCAAGAAAGCUAUGUUCAAGUUCUACUUGGUCAACCGGAACAUAGUGGAUGCUUCUUCGGCAGCUGUUACACCAUGGGAAGACUACAAGCUUUACGAGCGGUCCAUGGAGCAUGUCUACAGAAGAUGGAAGGAUUGGGUUGCCCAGUCUUACCCCAACGAGUUCCACGUGCGUCGAUGCUGCUUGCACGCACGGCCAGCGGAACAAGCGGCUGCUCUCACUCCGAAGGCCGUGCACGGCUACUUUGACACGUUGGAAAGGGUUCUCGACGAAACCAACCUUCGGAAGGACGGUGUUCUGACCAGCCAGAGCUCUAAGUGCAUUUGGGUCACGGACGAGAAAGGCAUGGAGUCUUUGGACCACGGCAAGGUCAAGGGUCAAAAAGUGCUCGCGCCUCGCUGCGUGGGCUCUGCAACUUGCUCUGUCACGGAAGGCUCCUUCGGUCACAUCAGCGUCUUGCCCUUCUUGAGCCUUGGAGGGCACUGCUCACCGCCCUCUGUUGUGGUCAGUGGCACUGUCUACUCCAAACAGUGGGAAACUGUGUGGCCGGAAGCAGCUAUCAGGGCCACUCCUAAGGGAGCGAUGACUGGCGAACUGUUUGUCCAGUACACAAUUCGCUGGGCCAAUUGGGUGCGGGCUGAGCUGGAGGUUGAAGAAACGCAACCGCUGGUGCUGCUGCUUGACACGGGAGGUGGAUCUCUGAUCCACCUCACACCUGGCUUCACCAUCGCCUGCGAGGCGAAGAACAUUCGUCCGGUGUUUUUCCCACCCUACGCAACGGCCGCGGUGUGUCCAGCAGACCAGGACCCCAAUGCGCAAGCUGAGCUUCGGUGGGAUGCCUUGCGGAAGACACAGCAAGGAAUUUCGCAGUUGCAGGCCCUCGACCUCGCUCACGAAGUCUGGGACUUUGCUUACGGCAACAGCACGCACGUCCGCAACGGCUUCAAAAGGUGCGGUCUCGUGGCGGAGCAACCGAUCGACCGCUCCAAAGUCUUCGUCGAUCGUGGAGCCCAGCUGUUCCGGUCUAUUGUCCCUUUCCAGGAGAUGCAGCCAACGACUGCUGAAGGCAAAGCGAUCCUGAACAGGCCCACCGGUUACAAGCGAGCUGAACAACGCACUCCCUGUGCUUCUUGCGGACGGCGUACGCCUACGUCGUUGCCGAAGUGCGGAUACUGCGGGGUCGCAAACAAGGAGUACUCCGAAGUGGCCGACGCGGUUGCCAGAGGGGUGGCCGCGGUCGAGGCUGGCACAAAAGCCAACCUGGCAAAGUGGAGUGGCGAUCUCCGUCAGGAGAUGCGUCGCCGGAAGGCUGUCGAGCCUACAGGAGAGGAGGCUGCAGCCAAGCAGGCCAAGAGCCCCUCGAAGCUCUUCAUUUGGUGUUUUGAGCUGGUGUCGACAAAGCAGCCAACACUUCGGCUGCCGCUGGUGGUGCUGCAGAUGUGCCAAAGCAUGCUCCCGCAAGCAGUUCGGCCCUUUCAGUUCAACCAGUGCCUGCUGACGCAGCUGCUGGCGCCAAGCCUCCAGAGCAGGAAUCGUCCGAAGAAUACGACCUCGACACGUCCGGUGGCUGUGCAUCUUACAUCUGUGCCCAUUUCGCCGAGAGCAGGGAACCCGAAGUCCGUCCUGUUGCUGACUUCUUUGUGCAAAGCAAGCUGA